UCUUCAUAGAAAUCAACACAAGCUCGCUCACACACUAGCAACGACGCUGCAUUAACGUACGUACGCACGGGUAGCUGGAGCUAGCAAAAGAGAUCGAGAUUGAGAGAGAUGGAAGUUGGAGGGGUGCUCCACAUGAAUGCAGGAACGGGAGAAACCAGUUACUCAAACAACUCCCACUUACAGAAAAAGGUGAUAUCUAUGACCAUGCCCAUUAUAGAGGAGGCUAUGACCAAUCUCUACAGCAGCACCUCGCCAAGUAGCCUAGUCAUCGCCGAUUUGGGUUGUUCUUCUGGACACAAUUCUUUGUUCGUCGUUUCUGAACUUAUUAAGAUAGUGGAGAAGCUUCGCCAAGAAUCAGGCCAUCAAUCUCUUGAAAUUCAAGUGCUUUUAAAUGACCUUCCAGGGAACGACUUCAAUACUAUUUUCAAGUCUCUACCAAGCUUCCAGAAAAAUUUGAGCAGUCAACUCGAAGCGAAAGACGCUGGUCCAUAUUUCUUCUCGGGAGUGCCCGGUUCUUUUUAUGGCAGGCUUUUUAUGAGAAAGAGUCUUCAUUUCCUUCAUUCUUCUUAUAGUCUUCAUUGGUUAUCUCAGGUUCCUGAGCAGAUAGAGAAUAACAAAAGGAACAUUUACAUCGCAAGCACAAGCCCACCAAAUGUGUUGAAGGCUUACCAUUCACAAUUUCAAAGAGAUUUCUCUACAUUUUUAAAGUGUCGUGCUGAAGAAAUGGUAACAGGAGGACGAAUGGUUUUAACGUUUAUAGGGAGAAAAAGUGAAGAUCCAACUAAAGAAAAAAGUUCUAAUUCCAUGUGGGAGGUUUUUGCCCUGGCACUAAAUGACAUGGUCUCCAAGGGACUCAUAAAAGAAGAGAAACUGGAUUCUUUCAACAUCCCUCACUACACUCCAUCUCUAUCCGAAGUGAAAUCCGAGAUUUUGGAAGAAGGAUCUUUCUCCAUUGAUAGACUGGAGUUUUCUGAAAUCAGCAGGAGCAUUUACUACAAGGAAUACAACCACUCUGAUGUAUCCAAAAUUGCUGCAAAUUCCGUAAGAGCUGUUGCAGAACCUUUGCUAGUUAGUCACUUUGGAGAUGGCAUCAUUGAGGAGGUUUUCUGCAGGUUCACAGAAAUUCUUUCUGAGCACAUUUCUCAAGAGAACAUACUAGAGAUUACCAAUUUAAUCAUUUCUGUGACAAAAAAAUGAUGAUCAAAAUAUUUAUGUAGUGCUUUAAUAAGAGUAGUCAUACUCACCUAAGCACAGAUGAUUCUAUUAACUACAAGCUGUUAUAUGAUCUUGUGUUUCUACUUUUCCCUUCAUGGCAAUAAAUUACUUAAUUGGCUAAAUUGGCUAAUUAAUGUUUUUA